GUUGGGGGAGGGGUGACCCCCCUGGUUGUUCCACCCCUGCCCAGGGGUCUCAAGUGGGUGAGCACCUCCCUACAGGUGAGCCCUGACCCGGCCCUGCCCACCCGCAGCCCCGAGGCAGAGCGUGCCCGUCCCAGGCAGGCCCGGCCUGCAGCCCCCAUGGAGGGCACCGUGCAGCUGCUGACCCGCGAGGGCCACAGCGUGGCCCACAACUCCAAGCGGCACUACCACGACGCCUUCGUGGCCAUGAGCCGCAUGCGGCAGCGUGGCCUCCUGUGCGACAUCGUCCUGCACGUGGCCGCCAAGGAGAUCCGCGCGCACAAAGUGGUACUGGCCUCCUGUAGCCCCUACUUCCACGCCAUGUUCACAAAUGAGAUGAGCGAGAGCCGCCAGACUCACGUGACGCUGCAUGACAUCGACCCUCAGGCCUUGGACCAGCUGGUGCAGUUUGCAUACACGGCUGAAAUUGUGGUGGGCGAGGGCAAUGUGCAGACUCUGCUGCCGGCCGCCAGCCUCCUGCAGCUGAACGGCGUCCGAGACGCCUGCUGCAAGUUCCUGCUGAGUCAGCUGGACCCCUCCAACUGCCUGGGCAUCCGUGGCUUUGCCGACACACACUCCUGCAGUGACCUGCUCAAGGCAGCACACAGGUACGUGCUGCAGCACUUCGUGGACGUGGCCAAGACCGAGGAAUUCAUGCUGUUGCCACUGAAGCAGGUGUUGGAACUGGUCUCCAGCGACAGCCUGAAUGUGCCUUCAGAGGAGGAUGUCUACCGUGCGGUCCUGAGCUGGGUCAAGCAUGACGUGGACGCUCGGAGGCAGCAUGUCCCGAGGCUAAUGAAGUGUGUGCGGCUGCCUCUGCUGAGCCGCGACUUCCUGCUGGGCCAUGUGGAUGCAGAGAGCCUGGUGAGGCACCAUCCGGACUGCAAGGACCUGCUCAUUGAGGCCCUCAAGUUCCACCUGCUGCCCGAGCAGAGGGGUGUCCUGGGCACCAGCCGCACACGGCCUCGGCGCUGUGAGGGCGCCGGCCCCGUGCUCUUUGCUGUGGGUGGCGGGAGCCUGUUUGCCAUCCAUGGGGACUGUGAAGCCUAUGACACACGCACCGACCGCUGGCACGUGGUGGCCUCCAUGUCCACACGGAGGGCGCGGGUGGGAGUGGCUGCUGUCGGGAACCGGCUGUAUGCUGUAGGCGGCUACGAUGGGACUUCAGACCUGGCUACCGUGGAGUCAUAUGACCCUGUGACCAACAUGUGGCAGCCCGAGGUGUCCAUGGGCACAAGGCGAAGCUGCUUGGGGGUGGCCGCCCUGCACGGGCUUCUGUAUGCAGCUGGUGGCUACGACGGGGCCUCCUGCCUCAACAGUGCUGAACGCUAUGACCCCCUGACGGGAACAUGGAUGUCCAUCGCUGCCAUGAGCACGCGGAGGCGAUAUGUGCGUGUGGCCACGCUCGAUGGGAACCUGUACGCCGUGGGUGGUUACGACAGCUCCUCACACCUGGCCACGGUGGAAAAGUACGAGCCCCAGGUGAACGCCUGGACGCCUGUGGCCUCCAUGCUGAGCCGGCGCAGCUCAGCGGGCGUGGCCGUGCUGGAGGGCGCCCUGUACGUGGCGGGGGGCAACGACGGCACCAGCUGCCUCAACUCGGUGGAGAGAUACAGCCCCAAGGCCAGCGCCUGGGAGAGCGUGGCGCCCAUGAACAUCCGCAGGAGCACGCACGACCUGGUGGCCAUGGAUGGCUGGCUGUACGCCGUGGGUGGCAACGACGGCAGCUCCAGCCUCAACUCUAUCGAGAAGUACAACCCGAGGACCAACAAGUGGGUGGCCGCGUCCUGCAUGUUCACGCGGCGCAGCAGCGUGGGCGUGGCGGUGCUGGAGCUGCUCAACUUCCCGCCGCCUUCCUCGCCCACGCUGUCCGUGUCGUCCACCAGCCUCUGACCUCCGACUGCGCAGAGGCCCCGCGGCCGCCCACAUGCCUUAAGCCCCACGGGGCGGCUCCACUUACCGGGGCGGGGUCCACGGCCCCUACCAGAGACCUCCCGCGCGUGUGUCCGCGUCUCUGUUCGUCCCUCGGUGUUCGUGUGUGUGCCGUUUAUUUAUUUACUCGUUUAUUUAUUCGUUAUUUAUUGGGGGAGAAGUAGAGCUGCACCUGCCAGGUGAUGCGCUUACUGGGAGGGUCUGGCUCCCCUGAGUGUCCGGGGAUCAAGCUGCCCCCCGGGUGUCCUCCCACCCCCUGCCUUGGGGGCCGCGAGGAGUGACAGGGCUGGAGCCUCACGCUGCGCGGGGCUCAGCGGCCCAGUCGGACUCUGCAGACCGCGGGGCGGGUGCAGGGCUGCCUGCCUGGGCUGGUGGAGUAGGAGGGGGCAGGGGCUUUCUCAGCAGGUGCAGACCCCCAGCCCGUGCUUUGCUCCCCACCCUCACCUCGCCCAGCCAGGCACUGUCCCCGGGAAGGGCGUGAAGCAGGCUUCUUUCUUGUGUCCCAUGUAGUAUGGUGUCUUUUCUGGAUCUACGUGGAGCUGGGCACAGAAGUGCACACAGACCCUACAAUAGCAAUAUGAGCCAACUUGGACAAUAAUAAAUGUUUCUUGGGCUCGUGGGCCUGAGGCUGAGCGUCCA